AUGUGGGAUAGUAAUGUUGAUGUUGAUGGUGAAGGACAAUUGAUUGGACCAGUAAAAAAAAAAUCAAAAGCAAAAAAAAAUAAUAAAAACAAUAACACAAAAAUUGAUGAUAUUGAUGAUUUAACAAUGGACAUUAUAGAUGAAAAACUAGUUGCUCCAGUUAAACGUAAAUUAAAAGUUACAAAUGAUAAAAAAAUGAACGUCAAAGAAGAUAUUGUUAAUAAUGCAAAAAAAAAUGUUAAAGAUAGUAAAAAAAAAAGAAAAAAAAAAGACAAAAAAGAACGUUUAAAACGUGAAAAAGAUGAACAACUUGAAUGUCAAGCUGAAGCAGAUGAAGAAUUGGUUGUUCCAAUUAAAAAUAAAUCACAAGAAAAAAAUAAAAAUAAAAUUAAUAAAGAUUUUAAAGAUGUUGAUUAUUUAACUGAUAAAAAGGAAGAAAAAAAUAAACCAACUAAAAAAAGAAAACGUGAAAUGGAUGUAGAUAAAUCAACACCAAACAAAGUUGCUCAAAAUAAUUAUAGCAAUAUUUCCAAGAAAAAAAAAACAAAAAAAAUCAAGAUUGCUGAAGAACCUGUAACUGCAGACCCAAUUGAUGUCUGUAAGUUAACGAAUCUUUUUCAAGUAUUAAGUGGUGGUAUUAUGACCAUAAUGGAAAGUGGAUACUAUGUAGAUAAAACAAAAUAUAUGCAAAAACUAAUUGAAAAAGAAGGUUGUUAUUUAAUAACACGACCAAGACGUUUUGGAAAAUCAGUAAUGUUGGAUACGAUUGCUGAAAUAUGUAAAGGCAAAGAUAGUAAAGAAUUAUUUAAAAAUACAGCUAUUGGAAGAUCGCCAACAUAUCAAUGGAAAAAAUAUCCAGUUUUUGAAUUUAAUUUUGCAAAGAUAUCUGCGAGAAAAGUCAAAGAGUUUAAAUAUCAUUUAAUAAAUGGAUUAAAAAGUAAUUGCGAUGCGUAUAAUAUUAAAUAUGAUGAUGAUUCUCAGAGUAUAAAAAAAUUAUUUGAAGAUAUGAUGAAAGGUGGAGUUGAAUUAAAAAAUGGCUAUGAAUCUAAAGUGGUCAUUUUAAUUGAUGAAUAUGAUGAACCAUUAUAUAGAAGUUGUGAAAAGAAAAUCGAAAAUGAAAUAACUAAAAUUAUACAAGAAUUUUAUUCUAUUUUAACAAGUUAUAUUUCAAAAAAUAAGAAUCAUAUGGUAUUGAUAACAGGUGCUGCAAAGUUAUAUAUGACAAAAAUUUUUAAUAAUUCAGUUAAUAAUAUUGUAGACAUAACACUUGAUAAAAAGGUAAAUGCCAUAUGUGGUUAUACACACUCUGAAUUAAUUACAGUUUUUGAAGAUCAAUUAGAUAAAAUGUGUCGUGAACUUAAUAAAACAAAAGAUAAAUUAUUAGUAACUUUAAAACGUGAAUAUGGUGGCUAUAAAUUUUGUAAGUUUGGUAAAGAAACAAUUUAUAAUCCGUGGUCUAUUUUAAAUUUUUUUUUUCAUGAAAGAAUAGUCCGUAUUUGGCAAGCAAAAAAUCCAAAUAAUUUUCAAACUGUAGCUUUUGGGGAUAUAGAAAUUAUGUUACUUGCUUUAAAGGACCCAUUAUUUUUUGCUAAUGAUAAAGACCUAAGUCAAUUUAAUUUUGAUGACAAAUAUGAUCAAAUUUCACUUGAAUCAUUUUUAUUUCAAACUGGCCUUUUAACAAUCGAUAAUUAUAAUAAAGAAACAAAAAAAUACACGUUAAAGAUCCCUAACAAAGAAGCUGAAGAAUUACUAGAACAUAGAUUUGAAUAUAAUUCUUAUUUUUCUAAUUUAAAAAAAAAGAAUUACGGUGAAUUGAAAAUCUUAAAAGAUAGAGAUGCUAAAGUCUUCAUUGAUUGUUUGCAGUCAAAUUUCUGUAAGUGGCCAUAUAAUAAUAAACAAUGCGAGUCAACCGCAUAUCACAUGUAUCUUUGUGAUGUAAUACAAGAAAUUUAUCAAUUGACUCAUGAAUUGAUGACAGACAAAAGUCAAGAUGCCUGUGAGCCUACUAGAGAAGAUUUGGAAUAA